CCCAAAAAAAAAAGAGAAGAUAAAAAAUGGAUCAUUUUCUUUUUUGUCUAUAUAGGCGUAUAUAGCCUUCUGUACGUGCACUCCUCUUUCUUUGACUGCAACAAAACCUCUCUUUCUCUAUCUCCCUCACUCUCUCUCUACCCUCCUUCAAGCUCCGUGUUUUCUGGGGUUGAUUCCGUUGAUAUAUAUAGAAGCCUGGAUUUUGAGCUCUGGUAUUCCAUACACUGGGCAUAGAAUAGGUUAAGAGCUUAAAGAUCAAGAAAAGUGGUGGUUGAGCAUAGUGAAGAACAGCAUGCGGUGGUAUAGUCUUUCAGUUGAUGUGUUUCGGAAAGUCGUCUCCUUGAACCUUUAUUGCCAUGUUAUUCUGUAGAAUUGAUCUCUAGUAUUCAGAAACCUCUUGAUCUCUCUCAAUUUUCAUACCUAAAAAGUAGUCAAGCUUCCAUGGGGUCUAAUCGAUUCAUUGUCAUUCCCUUCUAUGUCCGCGUGAUCCUCUGAGUUUCGCUUCCAUUCUCGGUUUCCUUGUAGUUGUUUCUUCAGCUUUUAGUCUUAACCACUGUCUUCUUACUUAGUUACUUUUUAAUCUCAAGUGUCUUUGUUUGUUUCAAGUUACUGUUUUGUUCUCAAGGCUUUUCAGUUGUUAGAGGUGAGAAGUUAUUUGGGCGUUUUUAGUAUUUUCUGCUGGGAAUCUGCAGUGUUAUUUUGAGGAGAAGAAGGGUAGGGAAAAAGUAGUUAUGGUGUGCCAAGCAGCUAGUCAGACUAGAUUCCGGGCAUUGAAACAUGAAAAUGGAGUCGCGGGGAGUGCCACCAUAAUAGUUAGAGUCAUUGCGUGUUUUCAACCUCUCCAGGAUUGCCAGGCUGAAUAUUUCCGUCAUUUGCUGAAACCUGUCACGUAGAACAACUUUCUUGCUGCCGUGUUCAAGUUAAGCCUGGAGUUUUAUAGUUUUCUCUCAGUAUUUCGAAAAUCUACAUUAGUCAGCAGUUUGUAAUAUCACGGUUACUAUAGAGCUGGUGAUUGCUGUGGUUGCAUGGAAAAGGACUUUGGAUCUUGGUUCAAUCACCAGUGUUUUGGUUUGCAAUCAGCCCCGUUGAAUUCUUCAGGUGCACAAAGCAAUAUCGGGAAGGGGGAUUGCUUUUCUGUUUAUAUGAAUUCUCAGUUUAAUGAAGUUUCGACAAAUGGGGAUUUUCCCUUGCUCACAUUCUCUGCCCGGCCUCAAUCCAAGGCAGGCCAACCCGAACCCGAUGAGCCUCGUAACUGGUUCAACUGUUCGCCUUGCUUCCCUCGGGAUGUCAGUACUUCACCAAACCCUGUACCCAUAGAGAAGCUUCCGUCUGGGUCAGUUGAAAAUUGCAACACAGGUGGCACUGGAUGUUCCCUCAAGAAGUUUCUUGUUUUUGACAAAUCUGAUGAUCAGACAACCUUAAUUUACAGUUCUGCCAACUGUACUCCUGCGCAGUGCCCAGAAUCAUGGUCCCCAAAACCUCAUGGAGCUUAUAAUUUGAUCAGGGAGCAUCCCGGGAUUAACAGAAAUGAAGAAGCAUCUCCCUUGGGUAAUUUGAUUAUUGAUGAUGAUUACGUUGAAGAAAGCCACCGAGAUUUGGAAAGCGAAUGGCAUGAAGAUACCGAUGAGCUGAAUGCUUUGAUCUACUGUGACAAUGAUUACGACUAUUUGGAGGAGGAUGAAGUAACCAGCACCGAUCGUUCCCCCAGUACCAUGACUGUUCAUGAGGAAAGGGGUGAAGAAGUUGAAAGCUCCGCUGGGCCAACCAAAAGGCAUAAACUGUUAGACGGUGGCCAUAAUGUUCUGUCAUUCACGCACACUGCAACGACUGCUAAACCACCACAUCCGUGCUCCGAGGUAGAAGAUGAUGCAGGAUCUAGUUGUGGUGGUAAUGACAGUAAUGAAGUUUCGGGACUAUCCGGGAUUAAGAGAUCAAGGGAAGAGAAAAUACGCAAGACCAUAAGCAUUCUGCAAAUGAUCAUUCCUGGCGUGAAGGGGAAAGAUGCAAUGCUCGUCAUAGAUGAAACCAUUCAAUGCUUGAGAUCCCUGAAAGCCGAAGCCCAGUCAUUGGGGCUUUGAUAACCUUCAAGAUUAAUCGUACUAGUAGGUGUACUGGAUUGGGCUUUUCUUAUAUCUUUAUUGUGCUGUAGUUUUGGAGUAGUAUCGUCUUAUGGCUUGCCAAACGCUAAUGAAUAAGGGGAUUAAGUACAGUAUAAUUCGGGACCAGUAUGACAAAGCGUGGCUACUGCAUCGUUUCACAGCUGCCAUUGGAUUUUUAAAGUCUUAGGUGUCAUGUUUUAAAGAUAAGGGAGCACUUUGUGUCUUUGUGUUGACAACUCGACACCAACGCUCCCUAUGAGAAUGCACCCGCCGCCUAGCUAUAUGUCGUGUGAAUGAGAACAUGAAUUGCUUAUCUGUAGGACCAUGGAAAAGGAUGGAUUCAUGUUCUGUGGGUCGUUUUGGUCCCUACCCUCACUUUCUUGCCCCUUUUUUUUGAGUUACUGUCACUUCAUAUCUUGUGUGGAAUUUCUAUCUUAUCCCUUGUGGCAGAUUGCAGAUGGCAUCACUUCUUGAUUGAGAACUGGUUUUGGAUUAAUUAACCAGUUGAGUUAUGCUGCAAUGACGGGUAUUGGAAUUUGCAAUUUCCACCAUUUAUCCAUGUGUUUAGUGUGAGGUUCUUGGCAUCUUAGGGUGUUGGUUAGGUGAUGGUUCCCCAUCACAUGAUCCUUUGUUUAGUUGUUUGUGUAAAAUAUGAGUACUUUGACUUGGUAAUGGGGGCGCAUAUAUUUAUAUAGGAGUGUUGUGCGUGGUUUGUAGAAUAUUGAGGUGUGAAUGAUGAUGAUGGUUGGAUGUAAUUUAAGUUGGUUGGUAUUAUGUAUUGUCUUGAUGCCUCUUGUUCUUACGUCGCAUGCACGCAUUUUAUUAGUGAGAAAGUGAUGUGUAAUGGUAUUUGAUU